CUCCGCAGUGACGUCAGGGAGGCGCGACCGAGCGGCGCGGGGAAGGAGCUGCCGAGGAUGCCCAAGAAGUUCCAGGGCGAGAACACCAAGUCUGCAGCAGCCCGGGCACGCAAGGCUGAGGCCAAGGCUGCGGCCGAUGCCCGGAAGCAGAAGGAGCUGGAGGAUGCGUACUGGAAGGAUGAGGACAAACACGUCAUGAGGAAGGAGCAACGCAAGGAGGAGAAGGAGAAGCGGCGCCUGGAGCAGCUGGAGCGCAAGAAGGAGACGCAGCGCGCCCCUGCCUGCUGCAGCGUGGCGGAGGAGGCCGACCGGCACCCCGAGCGUCGGAUGCGGGCGGCCUUCACAGCCUUCGAGGAGGCCCAGCUGCCCCGACUCAAGCAGGAGAACCCCAACAUGCGCCUGUCGCAGCUGAAGCAGCUGCUGAAGAAGGAGUGGCUGCGCUCCCCGGAGAAUCCCAUGAACCAGCGGGCCUUGCCCUUCAAUGCUCCCAAGUGAGACCAGAACUGAGGGCGCCACCCCUCUCGGUCCAGGCCGCCACCCCGCUCGCCCUGCUGCUGGCUCGGCCCCAAGAUCGCAGAGC